UUGACUCGUCUCCGCUCAUUCCAGUUCACACCACGCACACGCCUCCACUAAUCCAUCGUCUCGGCAUCUCCUCGCACCGUUCCCAGGCACGCAGCGCUCGCCCUAGACGACACGCAGGCACGCAGCACCGCCGGAGGCCGAUGUCAACCGUCGGAGGCGACCCUGGCGGCAGCGCCCCGUCCCCCACACCGGCGGCCCCGGCCUCCCGCCAGCCCCUCCUCUUCCGCUCGAAGGGCGCAGCAGCCGAGCAGGAACGAGCAACCCUGGCGGCGGCGCCCCGCCACCCGCGCCGGCGGCGCCCGACCCCGCACCCGCCCCUCCUCUUCGGCUCGGUGGGAGCAGCACCUGAGCAGGGACGGGUAACCCUGUCGGCGGCGUCCCGCCCCCCGUGGCACAGAAACAGAAGAUGAAGAGGAGUGGGAUUGUUGGCAAUGUGGGAAAAGGCUUCAAAGGCAAGGAAAACAAAUGAAGUAUCCACGCCGAAUCAGACAGUAGCUACAUCUAGUACUUGUACUUCUCCUGUUCAUCUUGAGAGCAAUUUGUAGUUGGUGUUAUGGCAAGAACCGGAGAGUAGAGGCGAAACCUCAACACCUCAUGUAGAACAUGAUGAAUCUAUUUAUGAAGAUGAUGAACCGAUGCAAGCAGAUUUGGAGGCACUCGAACAUGAUCCUGGAAAGCGGAUUCCCAUCUCAGUAUAUGUUGUCAAUGACUAAGAUAGAGUAAGAAGGAGAUAUAUUGAGAUGGGGUCAUGUCAACCAAAGAAUCAUGAGUUCAAGUUUACAAAUAAAAGUGGGAAAGAUCGUCGCUUUUGCCGUGCUUGGUUUAAAGAAUUUCCAUGGAAAUUUUGCCAUGCUUUUGCUGUGCUUGGCUAGCAGGAAAUUUUGAAGAGGUUGAUAGGGUUGUUCUCAAGAAUGCUCCACGGAACUGCAAGAUGACUCACCAUGAUAUACAACAAGAGGUGAUAAAAUGGUGUGCACAAGAGACUACUAAAUUAGUCAUUGAAGAACUUGAUGGUGGUCAUUUUGCAAUACUUGUAGAUGAGUCUAGUGAUGAGAAUGCUUCGGAUAGCUCAGGCUGAAGAACUCAUUGAUGCAUUGGAAUUGGAAGAAGUAGAAACAGGGAGUGGGCAGAAUCUGGAAAUGGGUUUGGGAAGGCCAUGUGAUACACGUUGGGGCUCUCACUUCAAAACUAUGAACCAUGUCAUCUCUAUGUAUGGUGCACUACGACGAGUUCUUCGCAAGAUUGGAGAUGAGUACCAUGGUGCGGAGGCACAAGCGGCUCUCUCCAUAGAGACAAUAUUUCGAUCAUUUGAGUUUGUUUUCAUGGCACACUUGAUGCAAGAAAUAUUUGGAUACGCAGAUGAGUUGUGUAUAGCUUUGCAAAAGCAAGACGAAGAUAUUGUUCAUGCUAUUGAGCUUGUUCGUGACACAAAGUAUUACUUGGAGGCUUUGAGGACCGAUGCUGGAUGGGAUGAUUUUCUCACAAAGGUCACAUCUUUUUGUACAAAGUAUAAGAUCAAAGUUGUUGAUAUGGAGGGUCCUUACUUUCCCGUUGGCCGGCCUAGAAGGGGUUUAUGUAAUGGUGUGAUCAAUUAUCACCACUUCAAGGUUGAUAUGUUUGUGGGUGUCAUUGAUAGGAAAAUCAGUGAGCUGAAUGGCAGAUUUGAUGAGGUAAACACAGAGCUACUUUCUUGCAUGGCAGCAUUCUGUCCAUUUCACCUAUUUGCUGCUUAUGACCAAGAGAAGUUGGUUAGGCUUGCUACAAAGUUUUGUGCUUCUGAUUUUACAAGUGAUGAACUGGCAAGACUUCCAUGGCAACUAAACAUGUAUGUUACUAAUGUGCGUAGAGAUGAAAGGUUUCAAAACCUGAAAAAUCUAUGUCAACUUUCAGUUGUGCUUGUGGAGACAAACAAGCAUGAACAAUAUCAUAUUGUUUACAAGCUUCUUAAGUUGGUAUUGAUUCUGCCAGUAGCUACUGCUAGUGUUGAAAGGGUAUUCUCUUCAAUGAGCCAUGUGAAGAAUAAUCUAAGGAGCAAAAUGGGUGAUGAAUAUUUGAACAAUUGUUUGGUUACAUUUGUUGAGAGAGAACUUUUCAAUUAAGUGAAGGAUGAAGAUGUCAUCAAUCUCUUCCAAAAAGGCGACCGCAAAGUUAUAUUGUAAGAAGGAUAUCAUCACUUUAUCAAUCAAAAGGUACUUAUGUAUUCAUGUUGUUAUGGUCUGAU